GAGAGGCCGGGGUGACGGCGCGCGGCGGCGCCGGGCGAUGACGUCAUCCCGCGGUCGCCAUAGAGACCCGGAGGGGCCUGGGACCAGGUCAACGUUCCAAGAUGUCAAGCCGUUCAGGUUCGGCCCCUUCGCUCUCCUUAGGCAGCCUGGAGUCGGCCAUCUCCUCCCUGAAAAGCUGCCAAUCCUGUAUUAACGCCGGAAUGGACGUAGCCAUGAACGUGGCAUUUGAUCUUGUGGAAACUCAGACCAAGGUAGAAGAUGAAAACUGCAUGGAAAAUGUGAUGUUAGAAUACGCUGCUUUGGAUCGAGAACUGAAUCAGUAUAUUUGGGCAGUUGAAGGUACAGUAAAUCAGCUGAAGCGUGACUGCCCAGAAACAAUACCAGAUUUACAAUCCAUGGUUCAAGAGAAGCUGUCAACUGUGCAAAGCAACAACUGUGAUGCAGACCUGAAAAAGAAUGAUAAGUUCAUGCAGUUCAAAGAACAAUUGAGAAGCCUGAAACAACAGUAUGGUCUCCAAGAAGAUUCAGCGGUUGGUGAAACAGAGGACCAAGUAGAUGAGGAUAUGAUUGUGACCCAAAGCCAGACCAAUUUUAUCUGUCCCAUCACUCAGCUGGAAAUGAAGAAGCCAGUGAAAAAUAAAGUAUGUGGCCACACCUAUGAAGAGGAAGCCAUUAAAAAAAUGAUCCAGUCGAAACACAAGCGAAAGAAAAAGGCCUGGUGUCCUAAAAUUGGCUGCAGCCACUCGGAUGUAAAGUUGUCGGAUCUUGUGCCAAACCUGGCUCUUAGAAGAGAGAUGGAGAGUAGCAAUAAAAGAGUGAGUGACAGUCAGAGUAAAUAAAGCUGAAGGGCAACGGUGUCUAUUCUUGCUGCAAAGAAAACCUGCUGGAGAUUGUACGAGAGCAAAUGCUCAUUUUAAACCACUUGGAAAACUUGUUACUUAAAACAUUUCAUUUGUAGGAACAAUCGAGGAUGUCAGGUGUUGAGUGAUGAUUUUGUUCUGCUCUGUUUUAUUUAGCAAAUAAAAUGCAUUUUGCUUCACUGAA